AUGGAGACAGUGCUUGCCUUCCUGGAGGAUACACUCCUCGCUCAGUACGUGGAGCUGCUGCCCUCACGCUGGUCUGCCUUGCUGCCGCGGCUGGCCAAGCGAACGCAGCAACUACAGACAUUGACGGAUGUCACGGCAGUCGGCGGGCUUGUGAGCGCCUUGGAGGACGACUUCCAGCACGCUGCACAGCUGCUCCAUGCAGAGCACGGAAUGUACCAAGAGGGCGUCUCACUCUUUGAUGGACUUCGUCAAGCAUCUGAGCUGGUGCAGCACACUUGGCGCCUACUCGCUAAUGAUAUGCUUGCCGAGCUAGCGACGAAGGAGCUGAUACUGGCGCACUGGAAGGCAGCCAUGACCACGAUCAGCGCGGACACACUGCGCGUGUACGGCCAUGCACUGCUGGUUCACACGAGGGUCACCAAGCCCCGAGUGAACCACCUCAUCGAGCUGGCAAGAGCAGCGGAGCGUAGUUAG